AUGCAAGCCCUACGGACGCAGAUCACCGACCUCUCCAAGCAAACUGGUGUGAUAGAAGUAUGGGAGUUUGAUGACGGAGAAUAUGCGCGGCAGUUACAAAAGCUGAGUGACUAUGAGCUCUACGAGCGCCAUCGUCACAAGGUUAUGUGGACAAUCUCCAGCUGGGCUGGUGUCAGCUUUGGUCUGAGUUUUGCUGUUGCCACAGAUGGGUUGGGAAUUGUCGUCCCGGCGUAUAGUGCUCGUCAACUCUUCGUCCAGACACGAAAAGGCUUGCUCAUCCAGGAAGAGAUGCGCGAGAGGAAUCUCAAAUUUCACGAAUGUGCUACUUUCACCGGGUUUAGUUCUAUUGUUGGACAGGCCUUUGGAAAGUUGAGACAAGGAGAUGUUGGUGGCAAGCGAUAA